GUACAGUCUGUACGGCCAAUGCCUAUACGUUAUACCUGCAUUGAAUUGAUUGUGAAUUGACUGAAUUGAAUGCAUUCAUGAGUUGUUAAUUAAAGGCUAUUAUGUUUAGUGCAGUCAUUGCUUCACUCAUUCGCCCAUUCAUUCAAUGCUGUAUUAAAACAAACAAUUGUUUGGUUUUAUAGAUUCACAACAACAACACUAACACCCACUCAAUACAGUCACUCAUCAUCUGAUCCAUCAUCUGAUCCAUCAUCUGAUCGACAAAGCGAUGGCCAAAAAGACGUACGACUUGUUGUUUAAGCUGUUACUCAUCGGCGACUCAGGAGUGGGCAAGACUUGCAUACUCUUCAGGUUCUCCGACGACGCCUUCAACACCACAUUCAUCUCAACCAUAGGCAUUGAUUUCAAGAUUAAGACAAUUGAAUUGAGAGGAAAACGGAUUAAACUUCAAAUUUGGGAUACGGCCGGACAGGAGAGGUUUCAUACGAUAACGACGAGCUAUUAUAGAGGAGCGAUGGGCAUAAUGUUGGUCUACGACAUCACUAAUCCCAAGAGCUUUGAUAACAUCGCCAAAUGGCUUAGAAAUAUCGAUGAACACGCCAACGAAGACGUGGAGAAAAUGAUUUUAGGAAAUAAGUGCGAUUGUGAUGACAAACGGAUGAUCACUAAAGAAAGGGGUGAAACCAUCGCCAGAGAGCACAGCAUCAGGUUUCUCGAGACCAGUGCGAAGGCAAACAUCAAUAUCGAUAGAGCUUUUCUCGAUUUAGCCGAAGCCAUACUCAAUAAGCAAACGGCGGGUCAGAAUCCGUUGGAAAGCGCCGAUAGAGUGAACGUCUCUCGACAGGACCCCAAAGUGGGCAUUACCUCCAAAUGCUGUAAUUUAUAAAAUUGAAGACUUAUUCUGCACUCAAUUCUAGCUUUUGUUUCAAUUUUUCAAAAACUUUGUAAAACAUAGACAACUCUUAGAUAAUGCAUCAAUUUUUGUUAAUGAAUAUUAUUUUAAACAAAACAAAACCCCCGAAAACUCAUUCAUUUUUACCGUGUUUUGAAAGGAGUUUGAAUCUGAAGAUUAAUAUUUAGUGUAAAAUAAUUUAUUGUACAAAUCCUUCCUUUAUUUUGUGCCCAUUUAUUCAGAUUUUCGAUAAUUUAAUUGAAUUAUUUUGCGAGUCAAACGACUCAUGUGUUUAUUGAAUCGCUUUUAAACCGUUUAUUGAUCUCUCAAUUGAGAAAUGAUUUGAUUUUAAGUCAAACAUAAGUUCUGAUCAAAUCAUUGGAGUGUUUAUAUUAAGUACGAAAGAAGAGUGUGAUUGUGAAGGGGAGGGGAGAGAGAGAGUUGUGAUACUUCGGUCUCACUGUUUAUAUGAUGUUUUUAAUUAAUUUUUGAAUUAUAUAUUAGACUUAUUAUUCACUGUUUGAUUACAACUGUAUUUAUAAACACAGACAGAAAGUGUUGAUAAAAAAGCCAAUGAAAAAUUCAAUUUGCGAUAAAGUUUUGAAAUGUCUUAAAAUCUGUUUUAUAUAAUUGUAAUUAAUUUUACAUACAUUUAUUUGACAACAAGAAAAUCAAUUUAAAUACUGUGUUGACUAAUCAUGA